GAGCCAAUCAAGCGUGCAUCUGCGUCAUCUUAGCGGGCAUUGUUGGGCGAUUAGCUUCUUGUCGCAGCGUCUUGUUUCUAAUUAUGGCGUGGCGAAGCGGGCGAUCGGCAGAGAUAUUACUCUCUUUUGUGGGGGCCGCCUUACGGGAUCGCGGGUUAGCGCAGACGACGAAGCUCGCGGUAGUUACGUUUGGCGAUGAGAUUGCUGUUUGGGAAAGAUUAUCCAUGGAGAAGAUGAAAAAAAGAAGGCAGUGAUUGACGUCAAGAUGAAAACUAGAAGAAAAAAAAAGUAUAAGAGUUGCGAGGUGCCGCCGUCAUCAACCACCAUCCAUCCAUCACUCAAUCAAUUCAAUCACCAACCAACACUUCAUCUUUUAUUUCUUUUAUCUUCUUUCACAAUGAGAUUCACUGCCCCCGCCGCCGUCCUCGCCUUCGCCCUCGUGGCCCGCGCAGACGACGACCUCGACUUCGACCUCGACGAUGUCCCCUCGGCCUGCAAGACCAUCUGCAAGCCCGUCGACAUCCUCGUCGACAGAUGCGACGUCGACCUGUACCAUGGCAGCGACCGCGUCGAGGACCUCCUCCAGAACCAGUGCAUCUGCACAAACAAGAGCUUCGACUUUGCCAAGGUUGCGGCCCUCUGCGCCGACUGCAUGCACCAGACUCGUGGCCGCCGCCGCGAUGACCACGACCACGACCGCGCCGACAAGGACGACUUGGAAGACAUUGACCGUAUCCUGCACGUCUGCGGCUUCGCCAGCACAAAGUACGAUGCCGCCGCCGCCACCGCCCUAGCCAACGGCGUCCGUGUCGAUGCUACUGCUCCCACUCGCAGCGAGCAGCUCACCACGACCAUUGACCGCUCGCACCCUGCCAACAACAAUGGCGGCAGCGGCAGCUCUCCUGCCACGGCUACUGCUGCGCCUACCAAGAGCGCUGCGUCCGGCACCCAGCAGCCAGCUACCAUGCAGACCACUGCUUCGCCCUCCUCCGGUAGCAGCGGAUCGUCCGGCUCCAAGACUACAUCUAGCACGUCGUCUGUUUCUACCGGUGCUGCUGGCGUCGUGGCUGCCAACGUCGGCUUUGUUGCCGCCGCCGUUGCUGGUCUCUUGCUCUGAGGGAUUUUUUUCACUUCUACAAUGACUCGCCAUGUGGCAAAGAAUAAUAUGAUAUAUGAAUCGUUUUAAACGAGUAGAAUAAAUAACGAGUAGAUUGACAGUAUUUAGUGCGAAUGAAUAUACAAGACAAGUAUGCAAGAAAGAAAGAUGUACAAUCCGAGUGGUGCGCCAAAAUGACAAAAUACAGGGGAAAUGGGGACAGGAAGUGAUAAAUGGAAUAGGUGAUGAGCAAGACUGCUCAAUGGCGACUGUAUGUACUGGUCCUGGGCCAAUCAUCUGGAGUUUGGUCCCCAUCGUCGAGCAUGCUGAGCUCUAGGGUCAUGCCGCCGAAGAUCUAGAUACUCGUCAAGGCUCAUGUCCCGCCGCCCUGGUUUCUGGACAAAAGCUAGAAACUCUUUGAUCAUCUCCAUGUCUUCUUUCGAAGGUCCCCUCGACUGCGGUUGGCGAGGCUGCGCUGUUGCGGAUGCAGGAUAACCUGCUGGAGCCGGAGGCACCACGCGCAUUGCCCUCAGCUUCUCAUAAUAUUUUGAUGGGGGCUGAUUCGUCUCUGCUGUAGUUCUCGGUGGCGGUGGAUUGUGGAAAGCCAGUGGGACAGGCUGUCGGUAGGUCGCCGCCGGUGGCCGCUGAUCGUAUUGCGGUUGUUUGCCGCGCGCAGACCCUUGCGGCUGUGGUGCAGGUCGACGAGCCCGCGAUGUAGUUCCAGAAGACGAUGAUGACAAUGUCGUAGGGUGCUCGGUACUUGAGGAAGUAGUCGGUUGAGCAGCCCGUGAUCCAGAGCCAGAUGCUUCCGCAGGUGCAUGAGUCUGCUGGGUGCGUGAACCAGACGCUUCUGUUGACUGUCGAGGUUGUGAUCCCGAAGCUUCGGCUUGCGGCUGCUGAUGAGUCUGCUUUUUCUGUCGUGGUGUUGAACCGGAUGCCUGACCAGGCGCUGGAGGCGGCUGAUUCGGUGCAGAGCCCCCAGACGAUGAGGCUGCAUUAUUUGCCGCUGCUAUUACCUCCUCAUGGGGAAUGACGCGCCUAUUCCUUACCAGAUAAAGUAUAUGAGCACCUCGUACCGCUGAAGGCAUGUGACCAGUGAUAAUCCGUGUGCACUUGCCAAAGCUUUCAUUCAUGACCUCUUGCAUAACUGCUCGUGAUGCCUCGUUGACAUGACUCGUCACAUUAUUGACAAUGACAAUCUUGUUUUGCUGGUACAGAUGUGUGGUCAACGCCUGCGCUAGCGAGAAUCUCUGCCACUGGUCUUCGGAAAAGACAAUCUUGGAUAUGUCAGUUGUCAUGCCACCCUGUUCUAUGAGCGUAUCCCAGAGCUCAAGGCGGCCCAAAAUAUGCUCAAGCGCAAUCAUCGCCGGCUCAGGGUCUUCAGGGUCCACGAUAAAUUCCUCGGGCAGAAGGUUCUGACGAACCGUUCCAGGAAUCAAGAUAGGACGUUCCGUGACGACGGUGAUCCUCCUCUUCAAAACAUCGGGCGGGAUGUCACGCACUUCCCGCCCGUCAAUCUUUAUAGAACCUCGAUAAGACACCAGGUUCAAAAUUGCCAGCGGUAAAGUGCUCUUCCCACUGUUGUCUUGGUUA